AUGCCAGUAGCUAUAAUCAACGGAAAGAGAAAAUUAUUGUUUUGGUUCACAGGGCCACUGCCAAAGACAGUGGUAGACUUCUGGAGGAUGGUGUGGCAGGAGAGGUCUCAGACCAUUGUGAUGCUGGCCAAUCUGGUGGAGGCCAAUUCUGUCAAGUGUCACAAGUACUGGCCAGAGACUGGGACCCUGUCCUUUGGUCCCUUCAAUGUCACCAUCACAGGACAACAGAUACUGGCUGACUACACCACUCGGGAGUUUAGUGUCCAGCUGGCAGAGAGUUCAGAACCAGCUCUGAGUGUGACUCAGUUCCACUUCACAGCCUGGCCUGACCAUGGAGUGCCUGACUAUGCCACUUCACUUCUGGCCUUCCACAAGAAAGUGAAGAAACAUCACAAGAGAGGAAUGGGACCAAUGAUUGUUCACUGCAGUGCUGGUGUGGGUAGGACAGGGACUCUGAUAACUAUUGACUGUGUUCUUGAGCAGCUGCAAGAGGAGGAGAAGGUGGUGGAUAUAGCUGGUGUCAUCAUCCACCUCCGCACACAGAGAAUGAAAAUGGUCCAGAGCUUGGAACAGUACAUGUUUAUCCACGAUGCUAUACUUGAGGCUGUAACAUGUGGUGACACUCAAAUUGAUGCCAGUCUAUUCAGCAGAAGAAUUACAGAAAUGAGUCAUCGUUACCCACAGACUCAACUUACUGAAUAUGAAAACCAGUUUCGGGUACUUGAAAAAGUGUCUCCUAAGCCUUGUGAGAUACCUAGGAACAAGGCUCUACAACAUCCGUUCAAGAAUCGCAAUGACUACUACCUCCCCAGUGACCACUGGGGAGUUGUUUUAAGAGGUGAUAAGCAAGACUACAUCCAUGCAACGUUUGUUAAUGGUUACAAGCAAAAGAGAGCAUUCAUCAUAGCUCAGAGUCCCAUGGAGUCCACAGCCAGAGAUUUCUGGAAGAUGGUCUAUGACAGGAAGUGUGGAGUCAUUGUUAUGCUCUGUGACUUGUUGGAAGAUGGACAGGAGACAUGUUAUCAAUACUGGCCUGUGCGCCGAGGAAUGGCUCAGUUCCGAGAAUAUACUGUUGACCUCAUGGAAGAAAAGCCUGUUAAAGGUUUCGUAAUGCGCACACUUGUUGUCGUCAAUGAGAAGGCUGGCAGUGCCCACCAGGUGGUUCAGUUGCACAUGACUAACUGGAGUCCUGAUGGCAGCUGCUCUCACCUGGCCACUAUCACCAGUGUGAUAAAUGAGAUGUCUGCCAUUCAGAGGAGAACUGGGAACAAUCCUAUCAUAGUCCAUUGCAGUGACACAGUGGGUAGGUCAGGGAUGUUCUGUGCCAUAGUCACCACCAUUGAGAGGUGUAAGACAGAGGGAGUGGUGGAUGUGUUCCAGGUGGUCAAGGCUCUCAGGGUACACAAACCUGGAGCUGUCCUCACUGUGGCUCAAUAUGAAUUGGUGUUUCAAGCUGUGCUGGUGUAUCUAAGGUCAUUUGAACAUACAGCAACUUCAGGAAUCUCUCUCUAUUACUGUUUCCAACCUGAUUAUUUGGAACAAUCACUCAUUUUUGUAUACCCUGUUGCUAUGAAGCUGAUAGUUCAACUACGGCGCAAGUAA